AUGGAGAAGUCCACUUUGGCCUCGGACGCUAUCCGUCCGGAUCCUGUCAAGGUCGAUGAAUAUGAUGCGAGUCCUAAGGAGGAGCUUCAGCUCAAUGUCGGCGGUCGUGGUGCGACCCAGCGUCGCCUACGGAACUAUCAGGUCACCAUGAUCGGUUUCUGCAGUGGCAUUGGCACUGGUCUGUUCAUCGGUACGGGAGCUGCUUACGCGAAGGCCGGUCCUGCGGGUCUGCUGCUCGCGUAUAUCAUCGUUGGUGCUGUUCUCUGGUGUGUGAUGCAGAGUAUCGCCGAGUUGGCUACUCUACUGCCCACUGCUGGUUCGUUCCCUCACUGGGCUACGCGCUUCAUUGAUCCAUCUGUCGGUUUCUCUCUCGCCAUCUCUUACGGAUAUUGUUAUACCAUCGCCAUUGCCUCGGAAGUUUCAGCAGCAGCAGUUAUCGUGUCAUAUUGGACAGAUAUAACGCCUGCGGUUGUCAUUACUGUUGGCCUAAUUCUGAUUUUGAUCAUCAACCUGAUGAGUGUGCGAUUCUAUGGCGAAACUGAAGUUAUUGGAGGUGCCAUCAAGGUCCUUUGCUUCCUCGGCUUGGUCAUCGUGUCUAUCGUCAUUACCGCCGGUGGUGGCCCUAACCACGAGACUAUCGGCUUCCGCUUCUGGCACGACCCAGGCGCGUGGACCAACUACAACGGCAUUACUGGUCCAACCGGCCAUUUCCUAGGCUUCCUGUCAUCUUUCGUCAAUGCCUCUUUCAGCUUCAUCGGUGUCGAGACUGUCGUCAUUACUGCUGCUGAGUCUGUUGACCCCCACCGCGCUAUUCCCAAGGCUGCCCGCCGCGUCACUUAUCGGAUUGCCUUCUUCUACGUCCUCGGUGCCCUUCUCAUCGGUAUUAUCGUGGACCCGCGCAACGAGGCUCUUGUCUCCGGAUCUGGCAACGCGAACAGCUCGCCUUUCGUUAUUGCCAUCAAGGAGGCUGGUAUCAGCGCCCUGCCUUCCAUUGUGAACGCUUGUGUUCUCGUUGCCGCCUGGUCUGCUGGUAACUCAUACUGCUGGGUUGGAUCGCGCAUGAUCCUGGCUAUGACGACCGACCACCAGCUGCCUCAGGUCUUCGGUCGUGUGACCAAGAACGGCGUCCCUUAUGUUGCUGUCAUCGCAGCCUGGCUGUUUGGCCCUCUGGCUUAUCUGAGUCUUGGAAGUGGUGGCCCCGCGCAGGCCUUUACUUGGCUCCUUAACCUUAGCACCGUUGCCGGUUUGAUCGCCUGGGCUACUCUCUCGUUCUGCUACAUUCGGUUCCAUGCCGCUAUGAAGGCACAGGGUCUUUCUCGGGACUCGCUCCCUUGGAAGGGUCCUCUUCAGCCAUAUGCCGCUUGGGUUGGCUUCAUCGGUUCUACCAUCAUCACCCUGGUUGCUGGCUUCCCCGUCUUCUUGAAGGGCAACUGGAACACGUCUAACUUUGUUGCGUCGUACAUUGGCAUUCCUAUCUUCAUUGUGCCAAUCAUCGGCUGGAAGCUGUGGCAUCGCACUAAGUAUCAACGCGCUGCCACCAUUGAUCUUUGGUCAGGCCGUCUCCAAGAUGGAGAGAUCAUGCCCCAUCGGAACCCACGCAACACCCUGUGGGGGCGGUUCAUCGACUGGCUUGUGUAA